CUUCUGGGCGAGGAUGACAGGGCACGAUAGGCUACAGCGUCAUUCUGCGCUCCUGUCCGACGCAGGCCAGGCCGCCUCAGUCCGCGAAUACGAUGCGGUUCCCUCAGAGAAACACGGAGCGCCUGCUGUGCGCUGGGAUAUAACCCCCCGCCGCCUAUCCCAUGGCUCCCCCGUGCUCUGGACACGUACCGUACCCGUCACUCGACAUCCUUCACCGCUAUGGCUACUCACGGGCACUACGAUGAGGAGGCCGCUAUUGGCACUCCCGACAGCGCCACCCAGGCAGAGAAGCCUAUGUACGAAGGAGGUGACGAGUACGACAACAUCCUGCGCUUCGCGCGCACCGAGGCGGCCAAGCUGGACCACGGCGACGACAGCGACGGGCAGGAAGAUGGCGGAUAUUACCGCCCUUGGUUCGCCCCGUGGAAGAAGCUCAAGGCGAAGAGCACCAAGGAGCUCAAGGUGCCCGCCGACUGGCUGCGAACUGACAUCCAGGCCGGCUUGUCGUCCGGCGGCGAGAUCGACAGGCGUAGGGGCAUCGCUGGCUACAACGAGCUGGAGAGUCCUGAUGAGAACCAGAUCUUGAAGUUCAUCUCGUACUUCCGCGGCCCUAUUCUCUACGUCAUGGAACUUGCUGUCUGUCUUUCGGCUGGUUUGCGUGACUGGAUCGACUUUGGUGUUAUUAUCGGUAUCCUGUUCUUGAACGCCUUGGUUGGUUGGUAUCAGGAGAAGCAAGCUGGUGACAUCGUUGCUCAACUCAAGGCUGGUAUCGCCAUGAAGGCCACUGUCGUCCGUGACGGUCGCGAGCAGGAGGUCGAGGCUCGGGAUCUAGUACCUGGUGACAUUCUCGUGUUGGAAGAAGGAAACACCAUCCCUGCAGACGCCAAGCACCGCGUCCGGCAUCGACAAGGGCCCUCCGUGUGCUCAGUCGAUCAGUCCGCAAUCACUGGAGAGUCCCUCGCGUCGGAUAAGUUCAUCGGCGACAUCGCCUUCUACACUUGCGGUGUCAAACGCGGGAAGGUGUAUGCCAUGGUCACUGCCAGUGCUCCGUACAGUUUUGUCGGCAAGACUGCUCGUCUCGUUUUGUCUUCCAACGAUGUCGGCCACUUCCAGAUCGUGUUGAGCGGUAUCGGCACGGCGCUCCUCGGCCUCGUUAUUGCGUUCAUCUUCAUCGUCUGGAUCGGCGGGUUCUUCAGGCACGUCGGCAUCGCCGAACCGAAGGAUAAUAACUUGCUCGUGUAUGCCCUGAUCUUCCUGAUCAUUGGUGUCCCUGUUGGUCUGCCCUGUGUCACCACGACGACGAUGGCUGUCGGUGCUGCUUACCUCGCGAAGCGCAAGGCGAUCGUGCAGAAGCUCACCGCUAUCGAGUCCCUCGCUGGUGUCGACAUGCUGUGCUCGGACAAGACCGGCACGCUCACGGCAAACAAGCUCUCCUUGAACGAGCCGUUCAUCGCCCCCGACGUUGAUCCCAACUGGUUCAUGGCCGUGGCAGUCCUCGCUUCGUCGCACAACGUCAAGUCACUCGACCCCAUCGACAAGGUCACCAUCGUCGGGCUGAAGGACUACCCGGGCGCGCAGGAGAUCCUCCGCAGGGGCUGGCACACGCACAAGUUCACGCCGUUCGACCCCGUCUCCAAGCGCAUCACGGCUGAAGUCGAGAAGGACGGACACAAGUACAUCUGCGCUAAGGGUGCCCCCAACGCGAUUCUGCGUCUCGACAACUUCAAUCAGGAGACUGUGGCUGCAUAUCGUGCCCAGGCUGCUGAGUUCGCUCAACGUGGCUUCCGUUCGCUCGGUGUUGCGUGCAAGGAAGAUGGAGAGCCAUGGCAGCUGCUUGGUAUGCUGUGCAUGUUCGACCCACCGCGCGGCGACACGGCUGCUACUAUCCACGAAGCCAUGGACCUCGGAAUCAGUGUGAAGAUGCUUACUGGUGAUGCGGUCGCCAUUGCCAUCGAGACCUGCAAGCAGCUCGGCCUCGGCACACACGUCUACGACUCGGAGCGUCUCAUUACUGGCGGAAUGCCCGGCUCGGAAGUGCGCGACUUCAUCGAGAGUGCGGACGGUUUUGCGGAGGUCUUCCCGGAGCACAAGUACCAGGUCGUUGCGAUGCUACAGGAGCGUGGCCACUUGACGGCCAUGACCGGUGACGGUGUCAACGACGCUCCCUCGCUCAAAAAGGCGGACUGUGGCAUUGCUGUCGAGGGUGCCUCGGAUGCUGCACGCACGGCUGCGGAUGUCGUCUUCCUGGAUGAGGGUCUCAGCACUAUCAUCACGGCUAUCAAGGUCGCUCGUCAGAUCUUCCAUCGCAUGAAGGCCUACAUCGUCUAUCGUAUUGCGCUUUGUAUACACCUUGAGGUCUACCUGUGCACGUCUAUGCUGAUCUUGAACGAGACUAUCCGUGUCGACCUCAUCGUCUUUAUCGCUAUCUUCGCUGACGUCGCUACGAUUGCCAUUGCCUACGACAAUGCUCCGCAUGAACGCAAGCCGGUCGAUUGGCAACUUCCCAAAGUGUGGAUUAUUUCGACCAUCAUGGGUCUGCUCCUCGCUGUCGGCACCUGGAUCAUCCGCGGUACUCUCUUCCUCCACAACGGCGGUGUAAUUCAGAACUUUGGAAGCGUCCAGGAAGUCCUCUUCCUUGAGGUUGCGCUUACCGAGUCCUGGGUCAUCUUGAUCACCCGUAUGGCUCAAGGCCCUGACUCGGGUCCUUUCGUCUGGCCGUCCUGGCAGCUUGUCGGCGCUAUCCUCGGUGUAGACGCUCUCGCCACCAUCUUUGCUCUCUUCGGUUGGUUGUCCGGUCCGGCUGUCCACGGAGGUUGGCUCGAUAUCGUCACUGUCGUGAAGAUCUGGUGCUAUUCCUUCGGUGUUGUCGUCGCGGUCGGCUUUGCCUACUACCUCUUGAGCAAGAUCAGGUGGCUCGACAACAUUGGCCGCCGCAACCGUAGCCACAAGAACACGAAGCUCGAGAACCUCCUCACCGAGAUGCAGCGCCUCACGCUCGUCCACGAGCACGACUCCAGCGGCGAGUCGUACUACCGUAUCUCGAAGGGUGCCUCGGCGGAUGAGAAGCAGUCCGGUGCGGCGACCCCGGUGAAGGCGGAGAAGAAGCACUGA